AUGGCCACAACGGGGAGGUCGGCCAACGAUCUCGACACGAAUUUCAACACGUCUUUUGGAGCAAUGACAUCCGCUUUGCUAAUGGCGAGCCUGCAGGCGCCUACAGAAUCUCCAUCUCGCGCCCAGGACAGCGCCAUAGUGAGUGUGAACGACUUGACCACAAUUGAAUGGAUCUUUGCUUUUGUGGCCGUACCCAUGGUCUCGAUCCCUGGUCUUGUAGGCAAUGUCUCCAGCUUAAUCGUCCUCUACCGCCACGGCUUCAAGAAGACCUCGAAUAUUUUACUGGUGGCGCUGUCUAUAGCAGACGCCUGCUAUCUCAUCGGAGUCAACAACAUCCCAGCAUUCAUGCAUGAAUAUUCAACCGGUCGCGGCUUUCACUAUUCAGUCACAUCCUGCUACGUACUCUACGGCCUUUAUAGAUUGUAUCGUCUGCUGGAGCUCUGGGGUAAUUGGACGUCCUUGACAUUGCCUGUACUGAUCACCAUUGAACGUCUGGUGGCUGUGUACCAUCCUUUCAAAUUCCCUCUGCUUGUUACCCCUAGAAGGACGCUGGUAGCUGUCGUGAUCUCCUACCUUCUGUGGCUGCCUCUGAACGUCUAUUAUUUCUUCCUUGAAGAUCUUGUCUUCGUGCAGCAAGGAGGCGUAAUCGUCGGGCGUAUCGUACCCACACGAUACUACCAGGAUAAAGCUUGGUAUUCGGUGUACUUGUCCGUGAAAAAAGCAGCUAUUAUCCUGAGCGAGCCGAUCCCGAUACUACUGGUAGUGAUCGGCUGCUUCAUGGUCGGAGUGAAGAUCCGGUUGGCUCACGCGAAGCGGCGGAAGAUGAUGUACUUCGUGUCCUCCGUCACCAACGCCAGGGCGACGCCGGCGUUUCGCACCUCCUGGACGCUGCUGCUGGUGUGCAUCGUCUACAGUAUCACUAUCGGCACAGCUUUCUUUCUGGAGAUGGGCAUUUCGGUGGAUGUCAGCUUCACCGCAAACAUCGUCUUGGCUGCAGCCAUUCGACUGGUCAAGUGCAUUCACAGUUCCUGCAACUUUUUUAUAUACAUCUACAUAAACCGGAAUUUUCAGGAGACGUACCGGUCAAUUUUUGCUUCUUGGGUACGUAAACAUGGACAUAAGUAA